AACUGCGCCAUAGGGUUUCCAAGGAGCAGCUGGUGGAUUUGAACUGCCAACCCUUUGGUUAGCAGCCAUAGCUCUUAACCACUGUGCCACCAGGGCUCCUAUCCCCAUUUACAGUUCCUCAAAUUCCUCUCUGCCACCUUCCCAGCCUUUACACAUGGUGUUCUCUUCACCUAGAACAGUCUCAUUUCUCCUCUUUGCCUAAUGAAGCCCUGCUUAUCCUUCAGAACUCAUCUCAGAUGUUACUUAAAGGAUACCUUCUCAACCCUGGAGGUUUUUUCCCUAUUACACUUUCAUAGCACUCUAUUUCAAUAUCAGAAGAAAUUACUUGAUUAGUUAUUUAAUAUGUCAUUCUUGAUGAAAUGUGAGGUCCACAAGGACAGGAACUGGCUGUGUCAUGUUUCUGUGCUAUUUGUAGUGCCUACUACAGUACCGCGUACCUAGGUGCUCAGGAAAUAGUAGAUAUAUGAUUGUGGCAAAUAAAUACCAUAAUCAGGAUUGGAAUGCUGGUCUAUUAUAACUUCAAAUCCUUCCAUUAGAUUACACCAUACACAGAACAUAACAGGAAGUAUUAAUGAAAUUACCCAAGAGGCUGUUCCUUAAUUCUUGAUUGGCUACCUAUGUAUAAAAAAGUUAUUCAUUAAUCUACAUACUACUGGCUAAGGUGUGGUUCUGAGGUAAGGAAAGAAAAGUGUCUUCAAAAAGCCUACAGUUCUGUGUGUGGGUGAGCUCUCCAACAAGUGUAAUCUUUCUGAGCAGAUAUUUUUGAAGAAAGCUGGUGGGAAAGGCUCCAGGGCUACAUGUCCCAUUGGGAAACUUUAUAUUAGGUAGACACAUCUCUGGUUUACCAGUGUUUCUGACUUCCCGCUGGCUGAACACUGCCUGUUUUGAGGAAAAGCAAAACUCAACAGCAAACAUCUGAAAUGAAGAUGCCUGGAACUUUUGAGGAGCAAACGAAAUGCAUUGUGGACACUCUGCUCUCAGACUUCUUGAACCCAACACUGCAGGUUUCUAACCGGACUGUACGUAGUGAAGAUGAACCAGAUUCAGGAGAGCCUUGCUCUUUUGACGUGGCCAUCAUUGCUGGUCGCCUUCGGAUGUUGGGUGACCAGUUCAAUGGCGAAUUGGAGGCUUCUGUCAGAAGUGUCAUUGCAGAAACCACUCAGAAAAAGGCAGAAGCUGUACUCAAGGACACAGUGAAAUCUCUCAGUACAACCUGGUGUGCUCAGGAUUCCAGCUUAGCUUAUGAGAGAGCCUUUUUGGCGGUGUCAGUGAAACUUCUUGAGUGUGUGGCCCACAUGGCCCCAGAAAUUGCAACAUGGGUGGCCAUCCCUGUGAUAAAUAUGAUCAAUGGGAACAGUGCCAUCCGACAGUUCAUCCAGGGCCAGGGAGGUUGGGAAAAUCUGGAGAGCUGAAGAGGUAGAGCUAUUCCCCAGCCCGAAUAUCACUUCCUCUUUGACUGAUCUGGUGACUGAUUUCUGGCAAUUAAAACAAACAAAUAAACAAUCACUUUCUUCAUUUGUACAGAAUUUAUUUUCUACUGAUUGUUAAAGUUGGGAGCAGUUCCCAGAGGCCUGCAGAAAGUUUACACUUUGUUUUUUCUUAAUUGUGCGUUA